AAGGGGGAACGCACCGGUGCUCCAGUGUUGCUGCCUAAACGCUUUGUCAGUAUUUUUUUUAAAUCAGACUUUAGUUUUGACAAAGUUGAACAACUGUGCUGUCAAUGUCAGCACAGGUAGAGAAGUGGAUCCCGGAAGAAGAACGCGGUGUGCAGGUUACCAGGUUGUUUGUGCAGCCUUCACGCGCCUGUUCCUAAAGGUGUUUUUUUUUUUUUUUGUCUCGGUUUGUAACAAACUUUUAAGCGCGAGAGAAGAUGAAGGAGCUGAGGAAGAAGAAGCUGUUCGUCCUGGUGGAUGUCCUCUGCGUUUUGGUUGCGGCUCUGCCCUUCAUCGUCAUGACCAUCGUGUUCAAGCCCUAUCAGAGAGGUGUUUACUGCGAUGAUGAAAGCAUCAGGUACCCCUUAAAACCAGACACCAUCACCCACGGCAUGCUGGCCGCCGUCACCAUCACCUGCACCGUCAUCAUCAUUUCCUCUGGAGAGGCUUACCUGGUUUACAGCAAGAGGGUUUACUCCAACUCGGACUUCAACCAAUAUGUGGCUGCACUCUACAAGGUCGUGGGUACGUUCUUGUUUGGAGCAGCUGUCAGCCAAUCACUGACCGACCUUGCCAAGUUCACCAUUGGCCGCCCAAGACCAAAUUUCAUGGCCGUUUGUGCUCCGAAGGUCUGCACAGGAUAUAUGCACGUGAUCAACUGCACUGGGAAACCACAAGAUGUCACCGAGUCCAGGUUGUCCUUCUACUCUGGUCACUCCUCUUUUGGAAUGUAUUGUAUGCUUUUCCUCGCACUCUACGUGCAGGCCAGACUGGUGGCUAAGUGGGCCAGACUUCUGCGACCCACCAUUCAGUUCUUCCUGGUAGUCUUCGCAGUCUACGUGGGUUACACCCGAGUCUCUGAUUACAAGCACCACUGGAGCGACGUGCUGGUGGGUCUGCUGCAGGGAGCACUGGUCGCUGUACUCAAUGUGCACUUUGUGUCAGACUUCUUCAAAAAGCGUCCUCCCCGUUGCAUUAAGCCGAACUCAGCCGACAGCGACGAGCCGGGCAGGAAACCCAGCCUGCAGAUCGCAGACUCGGACCACUCCAACCAUUACAACUAUCACCACAGCCCCGGCCCUGUGUGACAGGUGGCUGACGCGGGGGAGAGAGGCCGCAGUACACAACACCCCGAACCUGUGUGUUGGGAUGUAACCCAGCAGCUUCAGCCUGUGUUGAUGGCAGUUGAUGGUGUGGAGAACAUCUUUGGUCAGCUGCUGUCCUGAGGCUCUGCGACAUCAGACGUUUCGUGACGGUGACGUGUUCAGUCUUUUUUACCCACACAGGUUUCAUUGGCCAUGUGCAUCUCUUUUCCAAAGGUGUUUUUUCAGAAAUGUGGUCUGUAGCCCGCGGCCUUAAACCCCACAGCUCUGCUUCUUGAUGUCAACCACUCACACUUCACCUGCUCCCCAACCACUGGACCGACUGAGGGCGCUGCAUCUGAUGCUGGGCCUUUGAGCCCCCUCUCAAAGACAAAGAAGGUGACCUCCUUAACUCCUGUAAGAGAGAGAGGAGUCAAUUGUUUUGACAGAAACCAGUGUUGAUGUUAAAGUGUAUUUGUGUAUCGCUACAUUAAGAGAUUUUUUUUAAAGCUGCUAACAGAAAGUCAGUUUUUGAGCAGGCGGUGAUGCUACGUCAGAGGAGCUGAUGCUGCACGGACAGUUGGCCACUGACUUCAGUGUAACACAAACGCUGUCCAGUCAACAUGUAAAUCUAUCAAACCAACUCAAAGAUGAAUGAUUUAUUCCUUAUAUUAGACCCAAAGAUUAUUUCAUCUAAGUGAAGUCCUUGUUCUUUGGGUUAAACACUACAGUUCUUCUAUAGAACAUCAGUCAUGACAAGUGUGUUUCAUCUCUGACAAACACUGCUCUGCCUCCAGGACCACACGUCAGUCACACACACACUCUCAGACCUAAAAGAAUGUAGUUUGGAUUUGACUCUGAGAUUUAACAGAAAUAAUAUAAUGUAAUAAAAUCAGCUUUAAGCAGUAGGAUUUUAGAAGAAUUAGAAUUUUCUGCUUAGUAUCACAUGAGUCAGAGGAUGUUUAUCAAACACACAACGAUGAAAGUCUCCCAUCCUGUCGGAAAAUUUCUAACUGCCAAAAAAGGAGGCCUUUUUGUAGAAUAACACUAAGAUAUUUUGAAGUGAUUUUACAGUUGCAUUCUUUGUUUUGAAUAUUAUUUAAAGUCUGAUUCAGCAGCUUAGAAACCGGACGCACACAGUUGUACAGACUGGGUCAGUCUCCACAGCAGUCGGACUUUUUACCAAUGUAUAAAUGUAACUGUUUUGGGUUUUUUUUAUCUUUCUUUUCUGAUUGUUGAUCAUUCCCUCUGUGUAUAAUGGACUGCAGAGUUACAAACCUUAGAUGCAUAGAAGGAAAAGUUCCGGAAAACUGCAUGCAUUACACCACUACUACAACACUUAUCACAUUAGUCUCCAUUUUUGUUUCCUGUCUUCUUGUGUUUUUACAUAAUUUCCUUUAAAAAAAAAGUAAAAAAAACAGUAAUCAAAGAAGGAUAAGACAACCAUUUUUGGAAAUGGCGUUUUAAUUUAUUAUAAAUACGAGAAGUUGUUUAUUAACUUUAAUACGGUUGGAGAAGCCGGCGCUGUUGAGGUUAUUGUGCAAUCAUCCCUUCUUGCCACUAUGAGCCACAAAUACUUUUUAUUUUAUGAGAUGUGUUUGGCGCUCUGUGAAGGAUGUGUAUGUAUAUUUGCUUGCUUGUGUGUGUGUAGGUGGUUGUGGUUUUUCAUAAAGGUAAAUUUCACCUGGACAGUGUGUUUUGGCCUGGGGUCUCCACAGACUGGCCUCCAGUGACGUUACCACACAGACGGAUCCAGCUCUGGGUCUAAACAUGAGCCAGAUGUGUUGGCAGGGCCUUUAAAGCCACGCUGUAAUGAUAAUGGGCCACAUUCCCAACUGCCUUUUGUGAAACUAGCAACAGCUUUAUUCCUACUUCAAAGCCUGUUCCCCGUCCUCUUCCUGUGUUGAUAGAUAGGCUUGACUUGUGAUCGAGGCCUCCUGCAGUCCUGGUGCAACAUGCAGGACCUUGAAGGGAGACGUGGGCACAGGGCAGAGACGGGAGGACAGGGCGUUUCACCUGAUAGUCGUUGAGGCGGCCCUGAGGGUGAGCUGUGUUUCUGAGGAGGCGGGACCCUCCAGGGCCAGUGUUGUGGAGGUAUCCCAUGUUCAACCUUGGUCUCUGGGGAUGUUGUGUGUGCAUUAAAAAAAUGCUGAUUUAAAACAAGAAAACAUCUGUAAGUGGUUGAAGUGAAGUCUCCUCCCAACACUCUACAUCUAAAUCAUCUCAGCGUUACUGCCCCCAGACUAAUGGCCGACGUGAGCGGGCCGAGCAACAGGAACAGGAACUUCAUGGUAUUUGAAUCCCCCUGUAGUUAAGUUGAAGCCAAACUGUGUGUGUGUGUGUGUGUGUGUGUGUGUGUGUGUUUGUGAUGCCUGUGUGGUUUUAUUCUGGUUCGUGCUUUUAAACAGGCCUUUCUCUUGGUUCCAGCUUGUUGCUGUGGUCUGGAUUUAUGUUUUGCUCUUGUGUAUACUGAAUCUAUAGUCAGAGAAAUCAGAUAAUUUAAAUAAAUAUAUUAUCCACUUUC